AUGAACAAGAAUGUAGCAUUCAUUGUUUCACAGAUCAGCGACAUUCACUUCACAACCACCGAGCGCGAUGUCCUCAUACGCUUCCUCGUCUUCUCCUCUCGUCUCGCCGCGUGGUUUCUCAGUCAAAAGAAUGCUUCACCGUCGACGGUGCAUCGGUGGCAGCUUCUGAUGCGACAGCUAUCGCUCACAGCAAAGCUUCUCCGCGUCGGGAAAUUCACACAGCAAUUCCGCUUUGCCGCACGGAGCUUAACGGGUAGACACCAGGACCUUUUCCUGGGGUACGUUACUGUGAUUCGCCAACUGUUAACGGCUGUGUACAUGACAUGCGAUAACGCAACGGUGCUCAAUAGCAUCGGUUUCGUCCCCUGGAAGGGAGCCAAGACGUUGGAAAGGAGAGCCUUUCGGGUAUGGUUUGCCGCAGGUGUUUGCGGGCUUGUUGUGCAGGUGUACUGCCUGUACCAAUUGAAGACAUCAGAUGCCAAUGAUCAAGGUGAUAGGCAGUCUCUCUUUCGAAAGACGGCCAGCAAGCUCCAAUUAGUGUCUAGUCUCUGUGAUAUCACCGUCUCAUCAGCGGCUGCAGGGCUCGUUCAGUGGGAUGAAGGUGUCGUUUGCGCCAGUGGGACGCUGAGUAGUCUGAUUGCCAUCUACACGCAGUGCAAACCAUCACUAAAGCGAUGA